UGCCCUGAACUUCCUCUAGGAGACAAGUGAUGAACGACAGGAAAUGGAACACCAUCCACUUGUCCACAGCGAGGCUCCAUCUUCCUAGACACUGUCUGUUAUUUCCCAUCAUUAUCUUGUCUCUGUGUUUGGGAUAGGUCUGGGAUCGCGACGGUUUAUGGAAUAUUGUCGUUAAGAAGCAGAAAACAUGAGCGUGGAGACGUAUGGGCCGAGCUCGCAGACCCUGACGUUUCUGGACACCGAGGAAUCGGUGCUGCUGGGAGCGGACACCCAGGGCUCCGAGUACGACUUCAUCGAUUUUACCUUACCGAGCCAGACGCAGACGCAGGGCCAAACCCAGAGCCAGUUGGAUAACCAGGUUAACGGUCCAGCUGUUGAGCUGCAGAAUGGAGACGACCCUGUGAUAAAAACCAGCCAGCUGCUUGCAGAAUUAAACUUUGAGGAAGAUGAGGAGGAUGCUUACUAUACCAAGGACCUUCCAUUGCAUGCUUGCUGUUAUUGUGGGAUUCAUGAUCCAGCCUGUGUGGUCUACUGCAACACCAGCAAGAAAUGGUUUUGUAAUGGCCGUGGAAAUACGUCUGGCAGCCACAUCGUAAACCACCUGGUAAGGGCAAAGUCCAAGGAGGUGACCCUGCACAAAGAUGGCCCUCUGGGAGAAACUGUGCUGGAGUGCUACAACUGUGGCUGUCGCAACGUCUUCUUGUUGGGCUUCAUUCCUGCCAAGGCCGACUCAGUGGUGGUGUUACUCUGCAGACAACCAUGUGCCAGCCAGAGUAGUCUCAAGGAUAUAAACUGGGACAGCUCACAGUGGCAGCCACUCAUCCAGGACCGGUGCUUCCUCUCCUGGCUGGUUAAAAUCCCCUCGGAGCAGGAGCAGCUCCGGGCCCGACAGAUCACUGCACAGCAGAUAAAUAAGCUAGAGGAACUAUGGAAGGAAAAUCCUGCUGCUGCUCUGGAGGACCUGGAGAAGCCCGGAGUAGAUGAGGAGCCACAGCAUGUUCUCCUGCGUUAUGAGGAUGCCUAUCAGUAUCAGAACAUCUUUGGUCCUCUUGUGAAGCUGGAGGCUGACUAUGAUAAAAAACUGAAAGAGUCACAGACUCAAGAAAAUAUAACCGUCAGAUGGGAUCUGGGCCUGAAUAAGAAAAGGAUUGCUUAUUUCACCCUUCCUAAGACUGACUCCGAUAUGCGACUGAUGCAGGGUGAUGAAAUUUGCCUCAGAUAUAAAGGAGACCUGGCCCCUCCAUGGAAAGGCAUUGGACACGUCAUCAAAGUCCCAGACAACUAUGGGGAUGAGAUUGCCAUUGAGCUCAGGAGCAGUGCUGGAGCUCCGGUGGAGAUCCCUCAAAACUUUCAGGUGGACUUUGUGUGGAAGUCCACCUCCUUUGACAGAAUGCAGAGUGCCCUGAAAACAUUUGCUGUGGAUGAGACUUCAGUGUCGGGUUACAUCUAUCACAAGUUGCUGGGACAUGAGGUGGAAGAUGUGGUCAUUAAGUGCCAGUUGCCUAAACGCUUCACUGCUCAAGGCUUACCUGACCUCAACCACUCUCAGGUGUAUGCUGUGAAGACAGUGUUACAGCGCCCUCUCAGUCUGAUCCAGGGUCCCCCUGGCACAGGGAAGACGGUUACCUCAGCCACCAUAGUGUACCACCUGGCUAGACAGGGAACAGGGCCAGUGCUGGUGUGUGCUCCCAGUAACAUUGCCGUUGACCAGUUGACUGAGAAAAUUCAUCAGACGGGGCUCAAGGUAGUGAGACUUUGUGCCAAAAGCAGGGAAGCCAUAGAUUCACCUGUGUCCUUCCUGGCUCUUCACAACCAGACCCGUAACAUGGACAGCAUGCCAGAGCUCCAGAAGCUCCAGCAGCUGAAGGAUGAGACUGGAGAGCUGUCGUCCUCUGACGAGAAACGCUACAGAGCCCUGAGACGUACUGCUGAGAGAGAGCUGCUUAUGAAUGCUGAUGUGAUCUGCUGCACAUGUGUUGGAGCGGGAGAUCCCCGUCUGGCUAAAAUGCAGUUCCGGUCCAUCUUGAUUGAUGAGAGUACCCAGGCCACAGAACCAGAGUGCAUGGUGCCUGUUGUUCUUGGGGCCAAACAGCUCAUUCUGGUGGGCGAUCACUGCCAACUAGGACCUGUUGUGAUGUGUAAGAAGGCAGCUAAAGCAGGCCUUUCUCAGUCUCUGUUUGAGCGUCUUGUAGUUUUGGGCAUCAGGCCGAUCCGUCUGCAGGUUCAGUACCGCAUGCACCCGGCUCUCAGCGCCUUCCCCUCCAACAUCUUCUACGAGGGCUCCUUACAGAAUGGCGUCACUGCUGCUGAUCGGGUGAAAAAAGGCUUUGAUUUCCAGUGGCCACAGCCUGACAAGCCCAUGUUCUUUUAUGUCACCCAAGGCCAGGAGGAGAUUGCCAGCUCUGGAACAUCAUAUCUGAACAGAACUGAGGCUGCCAAUGUGGAGAAAAUAACCACAAGGUUACUGAAGGCUGGUGCUAAGCCCAAUCAGAUUGGCAUCAUCACUCCCUAUGAAGGACAGAGAUCCUACCUGGUCCAGUACAUGCAGUUCAGUGGUUCCCUUCAUACCAAGCUCUACCAGGAGGUGGAAAUAGCCAGUGUGGAUGCUUUCCAAGGCAGAGAGAAAGACUUCAUCAUCUUAUCCUGUGUGAGGGCCAAUGAGCACCAGGGAAUUGGCUUCCUUAAUGACCCCAGGCGUCUCAACGUGGCACUCACCAGGGCCAGGUACGGUGUGAUCAUUGUGGGGAAUCCUAAGGCUCUAUCCAAGCAGCCUUUGUGGAACCACCUGCUGAAUUACUACAAAGAGCAGAAGGUCUUAGUUGAAGGCCCUUUAAACAACCUGAGAGAGAGCCUCAUGCAGUUCAACAAGCCACGAAAACUAGUCAAUGCCAUUAACCCUGGUGGGCGUUUCAUGAGCACAGCCAUGUAUAACGCCAGGGAGGCGCUGAUUCCUGGAUCUGCCUAUGAUCGCAGCAGCAAUGGCCGUCCGUCCAACAUGUACUUCCAAACUCAUGACCAGAUUGGUAUGAUCGGUUCAGGACCCAGUCCAGUGUCGUCCAUGAACAUUCCUAUUCCCUUCAACCUUGGGAUUCCUCCUAUACCUCCACCCGGUUAUUUAGGACAAAUGAACGGUCCCUCUGCAGGUCGUGGUGGAAGGAUAGAGAACAAAUCAGUCGGGAGUGGAGGAACGCGAGGUGGGCGUCAAAAAAACCCUGGCACCAUGGGGAAUGGAGGAAUAGACCACGAGCUACAUGGAGGACACAUGACUGGCAGCCAGGCUAGCCAAGACCAGGGCUCCCAGCAAUACUCCCAGGGCCCCCUCACUCAGGGCUAUCACAACAUGAGCCAGCCAUCUCAGAUGAGCCAGCCAGGGCUCUCCCAGCCUGAACUCUCACAGGACAGCUACCUAGGAGAUGAAUUCAAGUCCCAGAUUGAUGUGGCUCUCUCCCAGGACUCCACCUACCAGGGGGAACGGGCCUACCAACAUGGUGUGACUGGACUGUCCCAGUAUUAGAAAAUUGCUGGAAUAGAGCUAGACCUGCCUGAAGCUUGGUUUGUUGGUAUUUUAAUAUGGGUAAUAAAAAAAGGACAAACACCCGUUUUCCACUGCCACAACCGAAGCACCGCUGUGUGACAAAGGAGGAGACUGUGAGAAAUUAACCAAUCACAAGAGUGAGAGCAGAAAUCGGAGUAGAGCUGGACGGGAUAGACAACAAGACAGAAGGCGAAGGGGGCUGGCACGACAUGAGGAAGCACUGCUGCACACCAGUGAAGAUGUAGAGAAGGGAAGCUGGUGUCCUCAGAGCAGUGCAGUGGAGGAGAUGAGACCAUCAACUGGUUAUGGAGUGGGAUAGGUCUACAUGAUUCUGGACAGGUGAGAAGGGGACAGUAAUGCCAUUGUAUCCCUUAACCUCUGAAGACCUCCAGGUGAUAUGAUUUGGAAUCUUGCUCCAAAAGGUGAGAACCGUGGAAAAGAGCUGUCUCACACAAAGCUCCUCCAAGAAACUCAACAUGGUAUCCUCUUUGACUUGGAGUGAGACAAAUGAAAUGGAGACAAAUCUCCAAAAGCAGUUGUUUUGGCAACUCUUUUAAACCCUGAGCUUGAAACUAAGCAUCUAGAAGAAAUGUUUGGCAUUUCAAGUGGACUCGGUUUGUCUUGCUGUGCCACAGAGUUGGGACAUUUCAGGACUGCACACACAUGGGUCAUCUACUUGUCUUCCUAAGCUUUGAGAAAUCUUUCAGCCUUCUGAAGAAGUGUGUUCAGAGAUGUAUGCUAGUGCAACUUCCCAUCUUUUAAAGCAGGUCUUUGUCUAGGUGGUCUACUAAGAACAGGUUAUGUUAGAAUAUCAAAAGUUAAAACAUGUUCUUUCCAGAUGCUAGUAGAACAAAAAUAAUUACCAUAAAUAUAUUGCAAGUGUAUGAAUGUGUUAUUUUUCAAUUGGCUUAAGUUAGUAAAGCUUGCACACUAGAACAGGAUGAGGAUAACCUGUAAGGAAGAACUGAAACAGAAUUUCUUUUAUGCUUUUAGAGGUAGACCUGAUGAUGCAGCCACUUAAAGCUCCAUCUUAAAACAUAUUUAAUCCUGCUGUAAUAUUAAAUAUAUUGAGUGCUUGAACAGUGUUAAAAAAGUGAUCAGAUGAGAUCUGGUAAAGUAAAAUAAAUCACUUCAUAUUGAUAAA